UCUUAGGAGGAUUGUAAAAAACUUCUAUCUUUUCAAUGCAAUGAAACGCAAAAGUCUUUUGCGUUUUCUCGAAAAAGAAUCCCAGAACUUAUGUUCUGAUAGUGCUUACCAUCACAUUAAACACGUUUAAACUCAACCUAUACGAUGACAAUGAAACCCAAUAGUAAUGAAGCUUAUGUGAGCAGCACUAGAGUAGCUUUUGAUCUCUUUACUUUCGGUUUAUGAUUUGUCAUUUGUUUUGCAGCACGUGUGACUUUUUAUUGAAAAUCUGUCAUGUAUUGCUAGCUGACUUUUGAGGACCAUUUCUACUAUUUUGGUUACAUUGAUUUAAUUCCCGACAGCUCGCUUCACCAACAGCUCGCUUUGCGGCCUUCUUCGCCAUCUUGUACUUCUCUAUGUUGUCUGCACUCCUAUCCAGGUAGAAAGCACAAAGUGUGAAAGGGCUAAUGGAAGCAUAAAUCAUGCAGAAUCAGAUAUGGUGAUAAGAUCUUAUUGCUUUGCAUCAGGAAGUAAGAAUACAACAACUUCUCGGUCUCAUCUAUAUGAUAUAGGGGUGAGCAUUGCCGGUGUCAUCUCAUUUCAUCAGCUGCGGAAUUAAUGGGUUCAAAUAGGCUGCCCUUUGGAUUCAUUUCGGGAGGAUAUAGCUGCAGUGAGCAAUAUGAUUGGCAGCAGUUAACCCUUCGUCAAAGAGAACAAGCAACAAGGGAGCAACCCCAUAGCAGUGCAAACUUGAGGUACCCUGUGCAUAUACCCAACAGGACUGAGAGGACUAGUCCAUCCUUUGAUUGUGUUUGUGAUUAUGCAAAAGGGGCUGAUGGACAUAUUCAUGAUAUGGUAACCCUUGGCAAGGUUUGUCAGUUUAACGGGGGAAGUAGCACUCAGAAUGGACCUUAUCAAGCGGACCAAUAUCUGCCAUCUUACUUUCCAGUUGACCAUUUUUCUGAGAUAGAUGAAGCACGGCAUCGGGCUUACAUGGACAGUUUCUACACUGACAAUAAUCCUUAUCACACCUCAGCUAGUCGGUUGCGUCAUAGGGAUGAACAAAGGAAAGCUUACACCAAGAAGCCAUUUAAGAAAUUGCACACUAUAAAAAAUUCAAAAAAACUGCGCACUAUCCAUCCUAGGCAACUUGAGCUUUCACUCCGUGAGGAUUUUGAUGAUAGGUUGGGCAUUAGAAAUUGCAGGAAUGCUUAUCAUGGCAAGAGGUCAAAAACAAAACCGGCAAGGUGGAGUUCUCAGAAAAACAAUUCCAGUGUGCCUUGUGUUGGUAAACAUGGUAGAAGCAGCUGGCAGACAAGAUCUGGAGAACAACCGUUUGAACAGGAAGCUGAGAACAGUAGAUACAAAAGGUAUGGAGGUCAGCUGGCCGGAGAGAAAGCUAAGAAGCGUAUGAUUUAUGAGGGGCACCCUAAAGGAUUAUGUUCACUUCGUGAGCAGGAUGAGCAUCCGCAUCAUGAGGUACAUCGUAGUGGUUCUGAUACGAUGAGAAAUGACAAUUGGGAGAAAAAUGCUAAAACAAACGAUGAAGUAGAUCAUAAUGGAGCAGAAGGGAACUGCUAUCUAAUGAAGAAUAUUCGGACUGCUGCUGCUACAUGCUGUGGCUCAACAAAGUCUAAUGAAAACUCACAUGUGUUAUGUCCCAAGUACAGCAGCAAAACCAUUGCUUCAUCAAAUGAGCCAAAAGGGAGUAGCAACAUGAAAUUAGUAUCUGACAAGCAGCCAAGUGUCGUUGGUUGUACCAAAAGACCUCGAAACACAAGAACUGGAGACGUUUCGACACGUAACCUGCAGAAUCUCUCAGUCACUCAUAUGGAGAAGGGCGUGCAUACAAAGCAAGCUGAUAAUACUUCUCAUUCUGAAUUACUUCGUGAAUGUCUAGAUAUUUGGAGAAGAAGAAGAUUAAGGAAGGAAAGUAGUGCUGAAGCUAAAAAACUAGAUCAAACAAGUACUGCGAGGCAUGAAUGGUCUGCUUCUUCUUGUAGCUCAGAAAGUGAUGAUGAAAAUGUCAAUGCAUCUGAGAGUGCUUCUGGGAACUCAGAAAGUGCGGCUGAAAAUGAUACUGAAUUGGAGAAUUCCCAAAAAUGUAGAGGUGCAACGCCGCUUGAUGGAGUACAAAACUGUGGUGAGGGAAGAGCAAUGAUAAAUACAGAGCAGCCCUUCAGAUGCCUCCGUGGUACAAACUACAACAAAAGCUCAGCCAAGCAAGGGCUGAAGUGCAAUCUGGAGGUUUCGCAAGAACCACAUCCAGGUGAAAUCAUGCAGCAAAAGGAAGAGAAUAAACUUCCAUGCUGUCUACCAUCAACUGUUCAUCCAAAUGGCAUGAUACAAACUAGUCAGAACAGUUGUUCUGAUACUAGCAAGAAACAAACUAGACGGAACAACUGGGCAGAUAUUAGUAAGUUAGAUCAAGCAGCUACUUAUCCUGAUAGUAGUGUGUAUCAGAAUGUUUCUCAGCACGAGACUGGCAAUCAUUUGGAUGAUGGGAGAAAAUAUAAAAUGGGCAUCGGCUGUCAAAUUAAAAGGAAAGCAGCACAAGGCGAUGGUGCCAAAUGGUUUGAACAAAUGCCCAGUUUGAUAACAGGUCCAACACUGCUGGAUCAAAAAAGUCUUGCAGUUUGCUCUCCUGAUGAUGGUAAUGUGAAGGUCUGUGGGUCAGAGUGUUCCAAUCAGUGCAGUAAAACUACUUUAGAAUUGGAGAAAGGAAAGAAGUCUGUCAAUUGCUCCAGUGGAACUGACUGCAGAGUCAUAAAAAUUUGUUCCAGUGGAGGUGAUUGCAGAGACAUCCAACAAGAUACCAUGAAUUGCAGAAGAAAGAGGCAAGUGUCUUUAUCUCUGGCAGACUCUGAAAAGGAUAAAGGAACAAAGGAAGAUUAUCAGCCACCUGGAGUUCUUGAAGUGACAUCAAAUCGACAGAUUUCCUGCCUAUCUGAUGUUGGCAUAAAAAUACCUGAUGUUGCUAGACCAGCUGAUUGCACCCCACGUUUUACAAUACCAGACUUAAAUUGUUUGCCUAGUAUGAUCGCAGAUGAAGAAGAAUUCGAGGAAUCUCAAGAAGUGAUUAAUCAAGUAACUGGGCAUGGUUCGGAACCACAUGAUGCUUGUCCGAGCCUUUCUGCCUUUAGUGGGCCUGCUGUGCAGGAAGAACAGUUUAAGCAACCAGAGAAGAAUGAAUUUGUCGGAGGAAUUUGCGCAAGAACGGUUGCAAAAGGUUCACGGAUCUCUGAUUCACAUAGUGCAAAGGGAGCGGUUAAUCAGGCAACUGGGCAGGAUACUAGUCAGAGCUUUUCCGCCUUUAGUGGGCCUGCUGUGCAGGAAGAACAGUUUAAGCAACCAGAGAAGAAUGAAUUUGUCGGAGGAAUUUGCGCAAGAACGGUUGCAAAUGGUUCACGGAUCUCUGAUUCACAUAGUGCAAAGGGAGCGGUUAAUCAGGCAACUGGGCAGGAUACUAGUCAGAGCAUUUCAGCCUUUAGUGGGACUGCUGUGCCGGAAAAACAGUUUAAGCAACCAGAGAAGAAUGAAUUUGACGGAGGAAGUUGCACAAGAACGGUUGCAAAUGGGUCACGGAUCUCUGAUUCACAUAGUGCAAAGGAAGCGAUUAAUCAGGCAACUGGGGAGGAUACAAGUCAGUGCUUUUCAGCCUUUAGUGGGACUGCUGUGCAGGAAAAACAGUUUAAACAAUCUGAAAAGAAUGAAUUUAGUGGAGGAAUUUACGAAAGUGAGAUUGCAAAUGGUUCGCGGAUCUGUGAUUCACAUAGUGGGCCACCAAAACUAAGUACUGAUGAAGAAAGUAUCACAGCAUUCAAAUGUGCCCUCGGCGAAUUCAUAAAAAAUAUCUUAAGGCCUCUGUGGGAAGAAGGCCUCUUAUCUCGUGAGGUCCACAAAAUUAUAGCGAGGAAAGCCGUGGAUAAAGUGGCCUUGACAUUGGGCCCAAAGGUGCCUCGUACAGAAGCAGCCAUCUUUAGGUUUUUUGCAGAGGAAUCUCAGAGCGUAGAACAACUCGUUCAGGGUUACUUGGAUAUAUACCUGGGAAAGCAAGUUCUUAAGAGAACUAUGCCUGGUAGUAUCUGACCAAUCACGGGAAACCCCAUGCAGGUUAUAACAAGUAGGCGUAAACUUUGCGCUAAAAGGAAGAUCUGUUCGAGUCAACGGAUGCCCACGAUGAGCCACUUUUACUUGUGAAGCACUUGUCUAAGUUAAAACAGGUCUGAUCUAAUAGAACACAAAUGGCUUAUACAGGGCGAUGCAGCCAAAUUUUGGUUUGUAGCGUGCAUUUCCAUUAUCUAGGUCUGUCUUCUCACAGUGUGCAAAUGUCGCGAAGAUGUCGAUGUACCGGCAUUUGGUUUUGUAACCUGCGCUUUCGCUUUGCUUAGAAUUACCCAUUAUUUGUUUAUUUAUUAUAUAGGAAAACACAGAAUCAUUACUACUGUAUUAUGUUCAGCUAGGCUCGGGGUGCAGGCCGGUAAUGAGACCCGGAUAAAACAGCACAACGCAACCCCUCCGCUAAAAUUGGCUAACAAAUGAGCUUGCCGUUA